GAAACGCGCAAACCUCAGGGCAGCAAAUGCUUCUCGUCAGUGCGCUUCCAAAGCGGUCAUGGCGGCAAUCCGCCCAUAAAUCUUUUCGACAAGCGAUCUAUCUUGAGAGUUAUCUUGUUCACUUCGUCUCAACUCAAGCGGUUGAACGAAGCAACACGGCAACACAGAACUGCUUGCCAAAGGUCCAGCGACAGAGGUCUUGUCAAGAACCCUUGGCAAUGUCUUGACUCGACUCUCUCGUAGAAUCACCUUUCAGGUCUACAAGGUACCGUACAAGCUGAACAACGAUCGACGCUAAGCUUCUAGCUAGCUGGUAACUUGCAUAAACAUGGCGACGCCAUCUCCGAGGGCAGCAAGAAAGACGAGGAAUCUCUCCAGCAAGAGCAGCCUUGCUCCAGCCAGAGUAGAUCGACCUCGAUUGCAACGAAGUCAUACCGCAGAUUCCGCUGGAGGAGGCCCCACCCCACCAGCACGUUCGGCUUCCAUGGGCCGUAGCCGUCCGAUGACAGCAGAAGAAGAGUCUGAAUUGUUAGGAACCAGCCUCAAUUUGGGCGACGCAAUCAGUGGUGGAUCUAGUAGCCAGAAACGCGAAGACCUCAUGGGAGGAAGCGAAAUCAUUUCGACGAGUGCCAGACGAUGGGAGACAGCGUCUGCCAUGGCCAGUGGUAGCGCGAUAGCUCCCGGUAGUAGUAGCCGUCGACGUGCCAGUGCCGUGGACCCAGAGACUGUGAGACGACAUGCCAAGUCUCUACUCGAAACCAAUUGGAAACGCACAAAAUCAACUGAUCCUCCCCGAAGUGGAAGUGCCCACAAGAAGGCUAUUACUACUAUGGAAAAUGCUGCGGAUAGUAGCAGCCAUGACAACACAGAACCCAUUGCAGAAGAUUCAUUUAGUAGUCUACCCGGUCUCACCGACUUGAAAACUGUCCCAAAGGCACUCCCCAUGGGAGCUUCGUUGCGAAGCAGUGUAGCACAGCGGUUCCUCGACUUGGAUGAUUCCGACAGCGACAAUGGCGGUGGAGCCUUUGAUUUGGGAGCUUCCAUGGGUCUGGCCAAGUACACCGACAAACUUGCGCCUCUACCCAGCAAUGAUGCGGCCAGGCUCAGCCAGUCGUCGCAACGAACAUCGGGUGGUGGGUUGCUGGAAACCAUUAGCAAUUCGCUGCAUUCGCUCCAAAAUCUUCACAUGUCCCAAAUGACGCUCACAAACAAAGGAACGGAGGACGUUACCAGUGAUUCGGAGGAUGAUCUUGUCGAUUUUGAAGGAGAAGAACCCGAUAUUGAUGAAGUCUUUGAGAAUCCAUUUGCCAAGCGUCAUAAUCUGCGUGCGGUCGAUCAAUCCGUCAACCUCAUGAAUGCCGAGGCGGGACAAUACGAUUGGUCCAGUCGAGGUUCCAGAGGCGGCAAAGACCAGCAAAAGCGAAACAAGACCAUGGCCGAGUUGUUCCUGGGAGAAGCUGCUAGUUCGACGAGCAGGAAUACCGAAAAAGUUGGAAAUCUUCCCAAGAAGAAGAAGAAACCCAAACACAAGCGAAAGAAGAAACGUUCAAAGUUCUCUCUCAUGUGCCAUAUGAUUUGCAGCAAGACCGUCUUGAUUGUGGUGGGCAUUGCUGUGGCUAUUUUCUUGCUCGUGUCGCCUGUCGUCUGGAACAAGGUCGCGCAAGAAUCGACCAGCAACGAUACUUCUACAUCAGUUGCUGUUGCUGAGGUACCAGAAGCCAAAGAAGAACCAUCGUCGUUAGACAAAACCGACAGUCCCUUCUAUUCAGCGGACAUUAUCCAAGAACGAAGGCAAGCACUCGAGGAUCUCCUCUCGUCUACCAAUAACGUCGACGCAGUGACCGACAGCGCGGCAGCUCAGGAAGCAAUGUUGUGGAUUACGACCUAUGAUCCCGCGCAAAUGGACAUCCCCAAAGAAACCAGUGACGACGCACAACUGCUGUUGCAGCGCUAUGCAAUGGCCGUCUUCUUCUUUGACAUGCAUCCGAAAGUCCCGGCCAGCACGGCUCCUCACGUUAUCAUUACAAGCCGAACUGCUAUCAAGCAAAAAGACAAAGACGAUACUCGGCGACACCUCGCUCGACUCGCCUUUCUUGACUGGAUGACGGCCUCCCAUGUCUGUGUUUGGGAAGGUUUGACAUGUGAUGCUCAAGAUUCCAUUGUGAGUGUUAACUUGUCCAAGUCCAGAAUGCGGGGAACCUUGCCACCGGAACUGGGUCUCCUUGGAAAGUCGCUUGUGAACCUAGAUUUGAGUGACAACCACCUAAGUGGUCCCGUUCCAGACAAGGCGUGGAGCAAUCUCAAAGCAUUGGAUUCUCUGAAACUGCACAAGAAUGAACUCACAGGGACAAUCGGCAGCGACUUUUGCGUGUUGCCAUCCCUGAACACGUUCACGUCGGAUUGCCUACUAGACGAGCUCGAAUGCGAUUGCUGUUCAACGUGCUACUAACUAGCCCGACGGGUCACCGAGUGACUGACCGUAGACUUUCAAACCCUUACAUAAAUGCAUUCUACAUGGGGAAAGAGGUACCGAGGAGAGAUCCUAGGUCGUGGAGGCUUCGACGUCCAUUCUAUUACGGUGCUGUACCGGUAGAAUGUAGUACCCAGCUACAUCAUCGAGAGGCAACCUGUUCCACCCACGCUGUCGAUGCAGAGCAAGCGCCAGUUUCCUCUCGCAUCCGUUUCAUCCCGUUCACUGCGUCAGGCUCUGUUUGGCGCCCUAUCCUAUCCCUUACGGAUUGUCUCUCGACCCUGCUAGUGCAUGUUGAGGAUAUAUUAUCAUCGCCUCGAGGAAAGGUGCUCGGCCUUCAGUUAGUCAGAUACCGAUUCCUCUCUUAUCUGGGGUAGCUGAGCCUUGGCAUACGCCAUAGUACCGGUAUCGUACCAGUAUCUGAUAGCUUGGCCAUAAUACGAGUACAUGUACCACGGAAGAUCCACCACCAGCCAUGCAGCGACUCUUUUACGGGUUGAAGGCCAACCCUAAUCACUCAAGUGGUACCGUUAUCAAUAGCAAGCAAUCGACGUCGUGGCAGAUGGCAGAUCAGAUCCAGUAGUCUUCGGUACACGUACAGGGCUGUACCGGUAUAUGCAAACCCUGCCACCAAAUCAUGUACCAUCUCGGGCAUCGUGCAAGCAAAGCUGGUUAGCUCGUCGGAGUAGCCGCCCCACUCAUCCUUAAGAUAAGGGGUAGAAGAUAGAGAGUGCAGAAAUGGUUUUAAAGGUAACGUUGAAAUACUUCGACUUUCUCCAGAAUCACCAGAAACAAUGAUAAACACACCCAACGAAAUCUGCGGCGCCUGCUGACACAAACCAAAGUUUCACAAAUACAAAUACAUAUAUCCUAUCCCCGACGGAUUGUCUCUCAACCCUUCUAUUGGAGUGCAUGACAUGUUGAUCGAUCACCGUCUCGAGGAAAGCUGCUUGGCCUUCUGUUAGAAACCUCUCUCAUCUCGGGUAGCUGAGCCUCAACUUACAAACCAAUGGUAGCAAGCAAUGUUGCUGUGAAGCUUUCCAUUAGUCAGGUGUCUGAAAUCUUGGCCAUUACGAGUACACGGAAGAUCCACCACCAGCCAUGCAG